UUCGCGCGGCAAGGAAACCAAAAUAAGAUCUAUUUGGAGUUUUUAGAUCUUCAAGAAAAUAGCCACCAAAUCGGAAGUGCAGGAGAAAUUGAUUGAAAAAUUGGUGAAAAAAUUCGAAAAUUAAGGGUUUGGAUUUUGCUUCUUUGGAAAGGAGCAUUUUGAUGGCACUGGAACUUCUGUAGGAUUAGAUCCAGAUGGAUAAGGGCAAGAAUCGUUCGGAUCUUCUCGCCGCCGGGCGGAAGAAGCUGCAGCAAUUUAGGAAGAAAAAGGAUAACAAGGGUGGCGGGAAGUCCUCGGUGAAGGCCGGGAAGACAGAAGCGGAUCCCGGCGUUGAUCCCGAUGGGCCGGGUGCCGAUCCGAUGGCGCUGCUUGAAUCAGAUAUGAAGGAAGGUGGAGUUUCUAGCUCAGAACAAUGCAAUGGUGAUGGUUCUGAGGGAAGUGAGUUGUUGCUCGUGAUCGAGGAUCGGAAGGAUGCAGCUGAUGAAAUGAGGGAGGAAGAGGUCGAUGGCAAUCAUGAGUAUCAUGAGGGAGCAUUAGGCACUGUUGACUAUGGUGGAGGUCGGGAAGUGGGGGUCCCCAUGCUGGAAAAUGAGAAUGGUGGCGUGAAUUUGUUGUCUGAAGAUCACAGCGAGGAGAUUGGCAGUGCAUCUCAAGAAGUAACCCAAUCGACUGCUUUGAACAGUUUGUUUCAAGGGGUGGAUGUGAAUGCUUCUGAUGAGCAGUUGAGGCUGUAUUCGUAUGAGCAGAACCCAGAGGGAGCAUCUUCAUCACAAGACAUGAUCGUGGCUGAUGGUGGAGAUGGUGUUCGAACUGAUGGAAAGUUGAAGGGAGAAGUUAAUGAUGAAGUUGCUGUUGCUGUUGAUAGAGAGCCACUGAGAGGGGUCUUAGAAGGGAAUGAGACUUCAGUGGAAGAGAAGAUUGAACGAGCUGAGGAAGAGCAUGGGGAAGAGAAGAUUGAACGAGCUGAGGAAGAGCAUGGGGAGGAGCCAACUUCAUUGCAGGAUGUUUUGUCUGCUCAAAGCAAGGAUGGUGUAGUUGUAGAGGCCGAUUUGGAGAAAGAUGUUGAUCCAGGAAGCAUGGGACAGGCUUUUAUUUUUAAAGAUUUUACCAUUCAAAAUAAAAUUGAGGGUGUGGUAGGGGAAUUUGAUGGAGCUAACGUAGAUGUUCUUGAAGAACCAUCUACUUCUGAGGAAAUUACCAGUGAUAAAAGUAAAAAUGGUGUUGCCGCUGAUGCUAGCUUGAAGGGAGAAGGUCAUGUGGAGGAAAGAAAGCAGCAGCCCUAUGCUGUAGAGGAUGAUGCCUCCAGAGGUGGACCAACAGAGGAGGACCUACUUGAAGAUAGGACUCUGUCAAUUGAAGAUAAGGGAGAUAGUAGUAGAGAUUCCUUUUUCCCAGCUAAGUUAGAAGUGUCAUCUUUAACAGUGGAUGAUUCUUUGGCUGCCGGGCUUGAGCUUCUGAAAAAUCAUCUUUACCAAGCAUGUAUAGUGAAGGAUUUUCUUAAUUUGCAAUUAGAUGAACAGAUGGAGGGCAAGACAGAGUUUGAUCAACAUUCCUCUGAGCAAAUCUCCAAGCUGUGGGAUUUACUUAAAGAUACAGAGAAAAGCAAAGUGAUGGUCACUGAGGAACUUGCAAAUUAUCAGUCUGAGUUCCAACGCUUGGUGAUUAAAAAUGUGGAAGUUGAAUCCCAAGUGCUGUCCUUAUUAAAAGAAGUUGAGAAUAUUAAAGCUCAUCUUUACAUGACAUUUGUUGCAAAUGAUCUGAUCCAGUUGCAGCUAGAUGAACAGACUCAGGCAGGUGUGGAGUUUCAUCAGCAUUCCCCGGAGGAAAUGUCUAGUAGCUUACUUAAAGAAACUCAGGACAGCAUGGCUAUAGUCAGUGAAGAACUUGUAAAUUGCAAGGGAGAGCUCCAAGCAUUGACAAAAAGAAACGAGGAACUGGAAAAUCAAUGUUUUUCAGCUAAAAAGGAAGUUGAGGAACUCAAUAGCCUGGUUAGUGAGUUGCAAAGUAAGCUUGAUGUUUCCCAAAUGGAGCGGGCACAUGUCUCAGCUGAAUUAGCUGAAUGCAGAGGUUCCCUGGAUUCUUUAAAGAAGGAAAAUUUGAACUUAGCUGCUGAUUACAAUUUAGAAUCAGGCAUCAGGAAGAAGCUUGAAGAGGAGAAUGAGUUUGUCUCUCGGGAGAAUCUAAAACUUGCUUCUGAGUUGUCUGAAUACAAGGAGAGGUUAGCUGUUGCACUUGAUCAGGAAAUGCUACUUAAGGGAAAUCUUAGAGCCAUGGAGUUGUCCUUUGAGCAACUCAUUGAUGAAAAUCUGUACCUGUCUAGCUCGUCAGAUGUGUACAAAGCUAUGCUGAAAGACCUAAUUGGUAAGUGCUAUGAUCUGCCUCUUCAAUCACAACAAACUGGGAAUCAUGCAAGCAGUUCUCAUGGGAAAGGUUCUACCCCAGAUAUUACCAUUGAAGAUCAGAAAACAGGUGAUUCAACUUUAUUUAAGAAGGUUGACGUGAAUGAUUCCAGCACUUAUGUUACCUUGGGAGUUCUGAAGGGUCACAUAGAAGAGGCUGAAAUUGCAUUGCAGAAUCUUGAAAAGUCAACUCAAGCAAUGCACUCACACUCCAUGUCUGCUAGCAAAUCUGGUGGAAGGGCUGUGUCAAAACUUAUUCAAGCUUUUGAGUCUAAAACGCAUAAUGAUGACAGUGUUUCAGAUGAAGUUCCUUUGGCUGUGGAGGAAAGAACUGGAUCCUUAUAUGAAAUAACAAAAGAGCAGACAUGCAAUCUUAGAGCCGUGCUGAAGAAAUUGGAGUUGGAUUUGGGAAAGGCUGGAGAGGAGCUCUGUAAGAAGUUUGAGGUGGAUAAUGAAACUCGAAGGCAGUGGAGUGACAACCUUCAAGCACAAGUCAAUGAGCUUGUAGAAAGAGAGGUGAAAUAUAAAUCCCUCAUAGAUGAUCUACAGAAUCAGUUAAAUGAAGUUGAGCAAAGUGCUAACAGUGAAGCCGAGAGGUUAUUGAGCUUGGUGGAGACCUUGCAGAAGGAAGGAAAUGACAGGGCAUCCCUUAUCAAGCAAGAAUGGAACUCCAUUGAGGCUGUGAUUCUUGGGGCAAUGAGAAAGCUCAAUGCAUGUACAGGAGAGCCACACAUUGUCAAUUCAGAUGUGGAUUCCUAUGUAUCUGCAUCAAUUAAUGUUGCCGUAGAAGUUAUUGAAGAUCUGCAUAUGAAAAUCGAAGGAGCUUAUCUGGACUAUAACAAAGCCAGCACUUCUUAUGAGGAACUGAACAAAUUAUUUAUGGACAUGCAAGAAAGGAAUAAAUUGGCUGCCGAUGCAUUGCAUGGAAUCUAUAGCAACCUUUCAGAACUUGUUGAUUUCUCAUGCAAAAAUAUUGGGCCUGCUGAUUUGGAUAUUAAUGAUGAAAACAUGUUGCAACUUCUGCCUGAGAAGUGCGAAGUACUUAUAAGGAAGUUGCAGAAACGAAUGGAUGAUCUACUUCCUGUCCAUUCUGCAUAUGUUGUACUUGAGUCAGAGUUGCUGAUCGAAAGUGAGAAAAUCAAGGAAUAUGAGCAACAAUGUAGUGAAUCAGCUAUCAAAUUGGAGGAGCUACAUCAUGCCAAAGAUGAACUUGAGGCAGAAUUAUUGCACAAAAAUGAGGAAAUUGAGGAACAUAAACAUAGGUGUAAUGAGUUGGCCACUGAUUUGGACCAACUACAGCAUGCUAAAGAUGGGCUUGAACUGGUUCUAAUGAAUAAAAGCAAGGAACUUGAAGAACUUGGCAGAAGGUGUCUUUCUUUGACCAGGAGGUUGGAAUUUAACAAAUGGAAAAAGGAUUCAGAUGCUCUUGAUGAGUUGGCUGGUGUUGAUCAAGUUGCUGUUGAGUCAAACAACAUUGAAUUGUCUAAGUCUGUUUUGAUGCGGCUAGAGACUUUGGUUGAUUCCCUUGCAGAAAAGUAUGAUGAAGCUAUGGAGCAGAUUACAUUGUCAAGAAAUUGUUUGUAUGAAAUAAAUACAAUGGCAGAUACUUCAGUUGGCAGUUGGUCAUUGCCCUUGCCUAACUUGCUUAAGCAAGAGCUUAUACCUAAGGUCCUGCAACUUGAUUUGUUGCAAGAAAAAGUGCAUUCACUUAGUGCCUCAAGCCAUCAACUAGAAAAUGAACUGCUAAUUCUCAAGGAAAGAUACAGUAAGAUGCAAGCAGCUCUUGAAGAUUCUCGCUCUGACCUGCAGUUGAAAUUAUCUGAGCUUGAGCAGUCUGAGCAGCGGCUUUACUCUGUGAGAGAGAAGCUUAGUGUAGCUGUUGCAAAAGGUAAGAGUUUGAUUGUGCAGCGAGAUAGCCUGAAGCAAUCUCUGAUGGAGAAGUCCAGUGGGUUGGAGAAGUGUGAGCAAGAAUUGCUGUCAAAAGAGACACUGCUUCGAGAAGUGCAGUCCAAGCUUAAGUCUUGUUCAGAAGCAGAACGGGUGGAAGCGUUAGAAUCUGAGCUCUCUUACAUUCGGAACUCUGCUACUGCAUUGAGGGACUCUUUUCUUCUCAAGGAUUCUGUGCUUCUGCGAAUUGAAGAAAUCUUGGAGGACUUAAAUUUAUCAGAGCAUUUUCAUUCUAAAGACAUAGUCGAGAAAGUGGAGAUGCUAGCUGGAUUGGUUUCUGGGGACUCCUCUUUUCCUCUGAACGAUUGUGAUCAGAAAAGCUCUGUGGAGGGUUCACAGUCUGGUGCUGGUUUCAUGGUUAUGGAUGCUGCUCAAGAUGACUUCCAACAAUCCAGAGAUUCAGGGCAUGAUGAACUGAGAAGAAAAUAUGAGGAGCUUCAGAGUAAGUUCUAUGGUGUGGCAGAGCACAAUGAUAUGCUAGAGCAGUCCUUGUUGGAGCGAAAUAGCCUAGUGCAUAAAUGGGAAGGAGUCUUGGAUGCAAUUGAUAUGCCUCCGCAGUUGAGGAUUUUGGAACCUGAAGAUAAGAUUGAAUGGCUAGGAAGAACGCUUGGUGAGGUCCAAUGUGAAAGAGAUACGCUGCAGCUGAAGAUUGAGAAUCUUGAAGCCUCUUCUGGCAUGCUUAUAGCUGAUUUGGAAGAGUCACAUAAGAAAAUAUCUGAACUUACUGCAGAGAUUGUAUGUAUUAAUUCUGAAAAAGAAGUAUUUUCUGAAAGCCUUGAAAAACUGAGGUCUGAGUGCCUCAACCUUUCAGAGAAAAUUGUUCAAGAUGAGGUUGAAAAAGAGAAUUUGCAAAAGGACGUAGCUGAUUUGAAGGACGAUUUGGUUGAAAGGAUUUCAGACAAGGACCGUCAAUUUGAGGGUGAGAUACAUAAAUUGCUUGAGUUGGUUUGCUCUGUGCUGCCAGAUGCUGAUAGUCACAGUGCUCUAUCUGGGGCUUGUAAUGUUGAGAACUUGGACGGAUUACUAAGGAAGCUCAUAGAUAAAAUAAUGUCCCUAUCUGCAGAGAAAACUGUGCCUGAGUUUUCUGAGAGGGAGCUUGUUAUAGAUAAGAGUGGCAUGCCACUUGAUAUAAAGACGUCAGAGGAUGUUCAAGGAGGUAAGGAUCAGGACUUGAUGGCUGUGAGGUUAGAGCUCGAUGAAGUCAAACAUAACCUGAAUUUAGUUACAGAGGAAAAAGAAGCAACCGCUGAGAAAUGUUGUUCUCUCAUGGCAGAAUUAGACACCAUAAGGAAGCAGAUGGACUCAUUGCUAGCAGAGAGAACUGUGGAAAUUGAAAGAUAUCAAUCAUUGGUGUUGGAAUCAGAGGCAGUGGUUAAACAAAGAGAUGCUUUGCAAGAGCAGCUUUCUUUGGAGGAGCAAAAGUCAACAUCAGCUAGAGAGAAAUUGAAUAUUGCUGUUAGAAAAGGAAAGGGAUUGGUGCAGCAGAGGGACAGCUUGAAACAAAGCAUUGAUGAAAUGAAUGCUAUGCUUGAACACUUAAACACUGAACAUAAUCAGCAGAUACAAACCCUAGAAUCAGAGAAGUCAUCACUGAUGAGCCAGUUAGCAGUGACAGAACAGAAUUUGCAAGAAAGCAGGCAGGUCCUUAGUGGGUUACUAAAUGCUUUACAUGCCAUUAACCUUGGAAAUGAAAUUACUAUACUUGAUCCUGUUCAAAAGAUGGAACAAAUUGGACAGUUCAUUCAUAAUUUGAAAUCAUCAUUACUGUCCUCUGAGCAUGAAUUAAAGAAGUCGAAGCAAGCAGCUGAGCUUCUUCUAGCUGAGUUGAAUGAAGUUCAAGAAAGGGGUGAUGAUCUACAAGAGGAGCUGAUGAAGUCAGAGGCUACACUUUUAGAAUAUUCUAAACAAAGAAAAGCUGCAGAAUUUGCAAGAGUUGAUGCUCUUUCCCACCUCAACCAGGUAACAGCAAUGCAUUCUGAAGAAAGGAAAAAACAAACUGAGCAUAUGUGGGAAAUUGCUUCUGCCAUUGAUCAACUGAGGAAAAGCCAUCUUGGUUUUUCUAGUCUUCUUGCUGAUGUUUUUAGCAAGAAUAUGGACAUCUUUUGUCAUGUGGACACUUUUGUGGAGUUUGUCUUGAAACAAAUGAUUGUUGAAAAUGUGGCUGGCCUGUCUACUCUUUCAUCUGAUAGUCUUUUAUCCAGUAAUCUGAUAAGCAAGGAGAAGACCCUUGAUAUCAGCUCUACUUCAAAUCUCAAUGUUCAAGGACAAUUAGAUGACAGUUCUGUAACCAAACUUCUUGCUUUUGCUGAACGUGAUUUGCGUGAGUGCUUAGGACAAUAUGAUCAACUGAAGGAAAAUGUGCGCAAACACUAUAUUUCGAUCAAUCAACAAGCAAGUCAUCUUUCAAAAACUAUGGGAAUUAUACAAAGAGAACUGACAUCUCAAAAGGAAUUGUCAGAAUCUUUGAGAAGAGAUAUCGGUGGCCUGGAACUAAUUCUUGAGGAAAAGGAGACAACAAUCCAAUCAUUAAGCAGAAAUCUUGCCCUCCUGUAUGAUGCAUGUAGCAUUUCAAUAUCAGAGAUUGAAAAUACAAAGGCCCAAAAAUCUGGUAAUAGUUUGCAUCCUAUGCAGCAUGUUUAUGAGAAGUCUCAAAUUAUCCUGAAAUCACUGGGUCAUGUUGGUGGCGAAGUGCCUGCUGGUAGGCUUGGUUUUCCUUUCACUGAGGACAGUAUCAGGUCCCUGGCUGAUAGUUUGCUCUCUGUAGUAAAGAACACAGCAAAUGUGGAGGAGCUGGAUGGGAGCAAAGAGAGGGAGCUGAAGGCCACUAUUCUGGAGUUGCAGCAGGAACUUCAGGAGAAGGAUAUUCAGAUGAGUAGGAUCUGUGAUGAACUUGUCUCUCAGAUCAAAGAAGCUGAGUCUGUUGCAAAAAGAAAUUCACUAGACCUGGACUCUGCAAUGGCCCAAGUGAAUGCUUUAAAAAGUCAAGUUGAAGUUAUGGGAAGGGAUAAAGAAUCACUAGAACUGAGAAUAAAUGAGCUGAAAGGCUUGGAGGCUUCUUCAGAAGAACUUAAUGAACAAAUCAAAUCCUUAACUGUUUUGCUAUCUGCCAAAGAUCAAGAAAUUGAAGCCCUAAUGCAAGCACUUGAUGAAGAGGAGUCACAGAUGGAAGUCCUGGAGAACAGGAAAGGAGAACUCGAGAAUACAAUUCAAGAAAAGGAUAUGGACUUGCAUAAUCUUGAAGUUUCUAGGGAAAAAGCUUUGGCAAAACUUUCAACGACAGUAAGCAAGUUUGAUGAGUUGCAUGACCUGUCUGAAAGCCUUCUUGCAGAAGUGGAAAACCUUCAGGCACAAUUACAAGGGAGGGAUUCAGAGAUCUCGUUCCUUCGUCAGGAAGUCACUAGGUGUACAAAUGAUGUUUUGGCUGCAGAAGAGAUUAACAAGAAGUAUUCCUCUGAGGUGCAUGAACUACUUCAGUGGAUGGAUAUGAUGGCAUCACGCUUCGGGGUUAAUCCGGUGCAUCUUGAUAAAACAAAUUUUAGUCAAACUCAUGUAUACACAGAAAUUCUUGGGAAGCACAUUCUUAGUAUGAUGGCAGAAUUAGAUGAUAUUCGAUUGACUGCUCAAAGCAAAGAUUCACUACUGCAAAUUGAAAGAGCGAAAGUUGAACAGCUAGUACAAAAGGUGCAUGCUUCUGAGGCUUCUCUGAGGGAGAAGGAGGUCCAGGUGGAGUUGUUUCAAAGGGGAAAAGAUUCCAGUCAAUUGGCUAAUAUAGACUCCCCAGGGCACUUGGAAAGAGAACAAAAGAGAAGCACAGCAGCUUCUGUUGUGGCUCCACAUGUCCGGGCUGUACGCAAAGUAAAUGGGGACCAAGUUGCUAUAGCUAUAGAUAAUGAGCAGGAUAAUAAUGCACUAAACGAUGAGGAUGAUGAUAAAGCUCAUGGCUUUAAAGCUCUUACCAUGUCACGAAUGUUUCCGAGAGCUACGAGGCCCAUAGCAGAUAGAAUUGACGCAAUAUGGGUUUCUGGUGAUCGGUUAUUAAUGAGGCAGCCAACCUUGCGUUUUGGAGUUAUAUUAUAUUGGAUUAUGUUGCAUGCAUUACUUGCAAGCAUCAUUUGAAAUUAUCAUGCACAUGCUCUGAUUUCUGUUGUUUCUUCUCAUUCUCCCAAACUUGAGCCAGUCAAUGUGGUUUAGUACUUCUCCCUGUUGAUGUCUUAGAGAACACUGAAUAAGUGAAAAUGCUACCCAUGGGUAGAAAUGUGCCAAUAACUGAUUGCAGGGAAUCUAAUAUCUGCAAUAUCCGUAAACUUAGUAACAACAGAUCAAAGGAAAAAAAAAAAAUGAAAGUUAGCUUUUGGGACGUUUUAAAGUAAAUUCUCUGAAGACAUGCACUAGCUGAACCAAUACUCACUAACUGGGAAGGUUGCUUGAUUAAAGGGGCCGUUUGGAUUGCGGAAUAUGAAUGGGAAGGGGGGUGGGGGGAAUGAGAAGAAGGGAGGAGUGUGAAUGAGAAUAGGGGGAAAUGGGAGGAUAAUGAUAAAGGUGUAAGGAGGCCCGUCAGCAAAAGAGAGAUGCUUUUAACAUUCAAGACUUUGGUUUUGUUUAGGGUGUAAGGUGCCCCAUCAGCCAUGGUAAUGAAGCUAUGCUUUUCACCUUACAGGCCAUUUGCAACUAUAUCCAUCUCAACUAAUUAGUUCAUAUUUCAGUACCACAGAUCAAAAGAUCGGUUUAUUUAACAUUCUUGUUGUUUCAAACUAUUACCAUGUCAACUGCAGUGCUACAUUCUCUUGUCACAUCUAUCCGAUUAAAAGAACGCAAACAAGGACUUUGUGUGCCUAGCUAAUAGUUCAUGUUCUAUUACCAAAUUUCAGCAAGACCUACCCAACAUUCUUCAUGUUUCAAAUUAUUUAUAUCGCGGUGGCAAUAAUAUGACAUUUCCUUUUUCCUUGAUCACAAAGUAUUCACUGCACGAUGCUUUUGAAGUUCAAUUGUCCAAAAAUAAGUCAAAGAUAUCCUUACAAAUCUCUUAUACUACUUGGUAUACAAUUCUUACUGGUGAUAUUACUCUUCUUGAU